GUCAAAGGGAGCUCGAGAUACCAAGUGUUUGAAUGAAUGUCUUUCUUUUUUUUUUGAAUUUUAUCCGCUACUCAUUCCUUUUGCCAUGUUUCCUGUGCUGCUCAUGAUCUUUUACUGUUCUAUGGCUUUGGAAGAAUGCUAUGCUGCUCACACUGCUGCCUUCUUAGAUACGUUCCCUUUUAUAUCGUCUAUGAUAAACUGUCAUGGCAGAUUUCAUUAUAAGGACGAGACGGUGAUUGGUCCACAAACCCAAAAGACGACGACACUAUCUGUGCCCGAGAUCCAUUUUCCGAUCCGCAACCAACGGGGGCCAAGGAAUGAGUGAGCUAUUGCGGGCCAACAUUCCCACCAAAGAGGCGCUUCCACCGGCUAUAUGGAAUAUCAUAGCCAAGAUGCAGGGAGCGGUCUGGGGGGAAAUGCGUUGGUCUUUUGUGCGGGGAAAUGCUGGCCCGUCUCGACUCCUCCCAAACGAAAAGAUGGCCAACAAAGCCUACAUUAGUAUUGAGUUCUCUUGUGCCCAAUUGCCGAGCAUGCCCCAAGUUCCCUCUGAGCUGUGUCGGAAUAAUGAUUCUUCUUAGUGGAAAGCGAGCCGUUGUCUAGUAAUACUGAGCCGUGCUGCAUCUUAUUGGGGUUUAAAUUCAACCCUGCUUCGCCCUCUCGU